UCGCGGUCUUGAAAGACCACUUGCGACGGUUUUGCUUGGGACAUUGAGUUUGGCUAAGGAUAGUCGUGGACGUUCGUGCUGAAGUAGAGCUGCAGCGUUUCCUACUAGUAAGCUUUUACGGAGAGGAACGAUGCACCGCGUUAUUUGGCUUAAGACAGUUUGUAGAUGUGUUAUUCAUUUUUGCGAGGUUCAAUGCAACUUUUGGAAGUUUGUUAGGCUGUGUUAGAAUUCAUUAAGUGGUGGCCCCCGCUGGCCCCAUCCCCCCCACCUUACGCAUACUGAGACUGACUGAUGUCUUACGGGAGGGCGGUCCCUUUAAAUUGCUUUUGGCUUGCAUUGUCUGUUAAGAGCUCACUAAACCCAGCAAAAAAUGAAUAUGAAGGCAGUGAGAUGGGCCGUGCUUGUCGUCGGCUUAGGCUAUGGAAUCCAUGAGCGAAGAGCUUUCCUUAAACGGAAGGAACAAACCGAAUUGAGCGAACGGUUGAAAAAACAGGAGCGUUUAAUACAGGAGGCGAAACAACUCUACCGCUUACAAAAAAAUGGACUCGCAGAUGCUAUGCAACAAAAAAGCACUCUUGCAACGAAUUCGCAGCCGGAUGAACGGCUAGACGUGAACUCUCCAAAUUUUGAUUUGGAAGAGGUAUUUAUCAAAAGCUUCGACAAACAAGCUUAGUUAGUAAUGAACGUGUAAUGAACAACGAAAAUUUGAACUGAGUAUGAGUACCAACGAGUCAUUCACAGGUGACCAAAAC